UGCCAUCUCCAUCACGGUCGGUCAGUUUUUUUUAGUCUCAAAAACUCUAACAAAAUUAUUGGUAAACUAGCGCUAUUAAACGGCAAUAUGCUCGUCUCGCCCCCCUGGAUGUUCGUGCAACGUAUGUUAACGCGCUAGCUGCAAUGGAGCGGGAUUAACAACAAACGCCGAGAACUGCGAACUCGGAACACCGAACACCCAGCCCAAAAAAAGGAGAAAGAAAAAGAAAAGAGCGAGCGAGAAAGAGAGAGAGGGAGGAGAAAAGCAAAAAUCAAAAAUCGAGUGAUUUUUUUGUCGUAAAAGCGUCGAGUUUUGAUAUUUUUCCAGUGAUUUUGCCUGGUUUUCCCCCCGAGAGACGUGAAAAAUGGAUGCGGACAGGGGCGGCGGUGGCGGGGGGCAGGAGACCAAGGUGAUUUACCACAUAGACGAUGAGACGACGCCGUAUCUGGUGAAGAUCCCCAUUCCCUCCGCCCAGGUGACGCUGCGCGACUUCAAGCUGGUGCUGAACAAGCAGAACAACAACUACAAGUACUUCUUCAAGUCGAUGGACGCGGAUUUCGGUGUGGUCAAGGAGGAGAUAGCCGACGACUCCACAAUCCUGCCCUGCUUCAAUGGUCGAGUGGUUUCCUGGCUGGUUUCCGCCGACGGCACAAAUCAGUCGGACAAUUGCUCCGAGCUGCCCGUUAGCGAGUGUGAACUGGGCAUAACCACUAGGAAGCAGCAACAGCAGGUGCAGCAGCUGCAACAGCAGAACGUUCAGAUGCAACAGCCGAUCACACAGCAGCUGCAACAGCAGAACGUUCAGCAGAUGUCGCAACAGCAGAACGUUCAGCAGCAGCAGCAUCACCAGAAAAUGAUGGUUAAUCCGCUGCUGCAGCCGCCACCGCUAACAUAUCAAUCGGCCUCGGUGCUCUCGAGCGAUCUGGACUCCACGAGCCUCUUUGGCACCGAAUCGGAGCUCACUUUGGACCGCGACAUGACCGACUACAGCAGCGUCCAGCGGCUGCAGGUGCGCAAGAAGCCGCAGCGUCGCAAAAAGCGGGCGCCCAGCAUGUCGCGCACCUCCUCGUACAGCUCCAUCACGGAUUCCACAAUGUCUUUGAAUAUUAUCACUGUUUCUAUUAACAUGGAAGCGGUUAAUUUUCUGGGCAUCUCCAUUGUGGGUCAAUCGAAUCGCGGUGGCGAUGGCGGCAUCUAUGUGGGCAGCAUCAUGAAAGGAGGAGCGGUUGCCUUGGAUGGUCGAAUCGAACCGGGCGACAUGAUACUCCAGGUGAACGAUGUGAAUUUCGAGAAUAUGACCAAUGACGAGGCGGUGCGAGUGCUCAGGGAGGUGGUGCAAAAGCCAGGGCCCAUUAAACUGGUGGUGGCCAAGUGCUGGGAUCCGAAUCCCAAGGGUUACUUCACCAUUCCGCGCACGGAGCCAGUGCGUCCGAUUGAUCCCGGCGCCUGGGUGGCGCACACCCAAGCGCUGACCUCGCACGACAGUAUUAUUGCGGAUAUAGCGGAGCCGAUUAAGGAGCGACUGGACCAGAAUAACCUCGAGGAGAUCGUGAAGGCGAUGACGAAGCCGGAUAGCGGUUUGGAGAUACGGGAUCGCAUGUGGCUCAAGAUAACCAUACCGAAUGCGUUUAUAGGCGCCGAUGCGGUUAAUUGGGUGCUCGAGAAUGUGGAGGAUGUGCAGGAUCGAAGGGAGGCAAGAAGGAUUGUCUCGGCGAUGCUGCGGAGCAACUACAUUAAGCACACCGUGAACAAGCUGACCUUCUCGGAGCAGUGCUACUAUGUGGUCAACGAGGAGCGCAACCCAAAUUUGCUAAUGAAUCGCGGACAACCGGGCCAUUUGCAUCCCCAUCAGUUGCAGGGACUGGGACACAGCGGAAUGAGCCACGCGGACACCGAGAGCAUCACCAGCGACAUUGGGCCGCUGCCGAACCCGCCCAUCUACAUGCCAUACUCGGCCACCUACAAUCCAAGUCACGGCUAUCAGCCGAUUCAGUACGGCAUCGCCGAGCGGCACAUCUCCUCUGGCUCGAGCAGCAGCGAUGUGCUGACCAGCAAGGACAUCUCGGCGUCGCAGAGCGACAUCACCUCGGUGAUCCAUCAGGCCAAUCAGCUGACCAUCGCCCAUGGCUCCAAUAAAUCCUCCGGCUCUUCAAAUCGCGGAGGAGGUGGAGGAGGUGGCGGUGGCAACAAUACCAACGAUCAGGACGUAUCCGUAUUUAAUUACGUAUUGUAGAAACCCCGAACCCCACUCUCUUUUUGCAAUCAAAUUGUGUUUUUAAUUAAUUAAAUUAAAUAUGUACGAUUAUUCUUUUUUAUAUACGAGUAUACAAAAAGCAAAAGCUAAGGCAAAAAGCAAAAA